GAUGAAAGACAUCUUUCUAAGCCCCCGAGGAAUUCCUUAGGCCUUAGUGGAACACAAUCGGGAGACACCAACGAGACGACUCUCCGUUUACGUGGCGGACUUCGUGGCGCCGCCAAGUGCUGCGAGCAGCCACCCAAGGCAGCAGAUCGGCAGAAAUGACCCAAGCAAGUCACUUCGGUCCGAGUGGAUUCAACACAGAACAAUACAAAAUAAUCAGCGCGACAGGCGAAACGUUUUACAAUUGGGAUACGUUACUGAAUGACUUUGGAGCCCAAGUUAAGGCUUCGGUGGAAUCUCAGAUGAAGGCGCAAAUGGAAGCACAACAAGCUCAGUUUCAAGCUCGGAUUGAGUUACAACUGAAAGCCCAGGAAACUCAGCUUAGAACGCAGUUCGAAAAAGAAAUGAGGGAACGACUCGACCCACACAAGACAGACAGAAAAAGGCCAAGGACGGAGGAACUCCAGCACGUAGACGAAACAGUGGCCCUAACAGAGCCACCCAUGGAGCCGGACAACGAACAAGACGAAGAAAAGGAAGGACAAUGGAUAGAGGUCCGCCGCAGGAACAACGCAGGCGUGCGCAAGGUCAGAAUCAAGAACGACAAGCCUAACACGAAGCUGGACAUAGAUCACCGAACUUUCAACCAGACCAUGAAGAAAGCGGGAAUCUCGCUUGAAAAUGGAGCAAGAGCAAGGAUUGACCCGAGAACCAACGACUACAUUGUCACCACAAAGAACGAGGUGGAAUAUGAAAGGCUUUGUAACCUGAAGAAGUUUACGAAUGAAAGAGGCGAAAGCACGGAAAUCAAAGUGAUACCAGGCCUCGCAAGCAACCACUCGAGAGGGGUCAUAUACCUGAGAAACCCGGGAAACGAUAUGGAAGCCCUCUGCGAAGAAAUCAUAUGCAAGACGCAUCAGGUCAUUUCAGCGACCAUAAUUGGCAAGAAAAGAACAACAGUCCUAUUAACGUUUGAAGGGAAGGAACCACCAAAGAAGCUAGCGGUUGGACUUAUAAUUCAAAAAGUCUUCCCAUACACGCCAAGGCCGGUAGUCUGCUACCGUUGCCAUAGAAUCGGCCACAAGGCCGAAACAUGCACAAGCAAGGUAGAAGUAUGUAAGACGUGCGGAAAACCCCACCCAAACGGGCUAGACGCGCCAUGUGGAGGGGACCCCACAUGCGUGAACUGCAAGGGGAGACACCUGGCGCUCAGCAGGGAUUGCCCGAUGAGAGUCCCGCGGAAGGACGGCAAACCCACCUACAUGCAAAACACUGAACAGAAAGGAAAAAGCGCAACUCCCACGGAAACGGAAAAACCAGCGAACAGUGCUGAAAAGAAGACAUACGCAGCUGCAGCAAGAAAGAAACCUGUUGGGGAAAUCAAAGACCCUCUCAUAGCAUUAUUGCGGCAACUCACCAAGCUUCUCUCAGACGAAUAUGGAACCUGAGCUAAGAGAC